AUGCCUACUGCAGAUCGUAGUUCCUGGUCACGAGCAAAAAAGCCACCAAUAGAAAUCGGUGACCUUAACGAGGAAGAAUCAAUAAAAUAUCUGACUGAGAUACAUAAGAUCACCGAAAAAGUGGAAGAAUUAUAUCAAUUGGUCGGUGGUCGCAUUUUGGAGUUGAAAGAUGUUGCAAAUGAUUUUUCGUCAGGACAAUCCAUUGGAGAUAUCAGGGAGAAAAUAUUACUUGAAGCCUAUAACAAACUUAAUUCAGCGAAAAUACUUAAAAAUCAAAAACAUCAUGAAGCAGGAAAACGUGUAAUUGACGCUUUGCUGAGAUCCAAAGAAAUUAAUAUUGAAGAAUUUAGAAAAUUAUUUGAGAAUGAAUAG